AUCUGCAUCUGGAGACAGAAUUCUGGUCAAACAGUUUUUUUAUGCCUAUUUACAAAGAUGAAAGCAACAAACAACUGUACAAGACACCCUAGCUUGCAAGUUCCUGUGCGUUCAGUGCUGCGGCACCUUUUGGUGCCUCCUAGCAUUGCUGUAAAUGCGAAGGCGCACGUUCAUGCCCGCAGCGCUUCGAAUCUAGGCUUGCAGCGCAGUCGCGCUUCUAGCCGAAUGCGCGUUGCUGGCGCCAAAGCGCAGGCGUCAGAAGCAACCACGGGGGCUACAGCUGCUGAUAGUAUUGAAAAUAAAAAGGCGGCAUCAGUGGCCGUUAUUGGUGUUGGGCUAAUGGGAAACAAAAUUGCGAGGAGGCUUGCGUCACAGGGCGCGCAAGUAUCCGCAUGGAACAGGACAUCCACAUCGGAUAAGCUGACGACCCUGCCGGACGCCGGUGUUCGCGUUUGCCACUCCCUCAAAGAAGCAGCGACUGCAGACGUUCUUUUGCUUACUCUAUCGGAUGCAGCUACCAUUCGUGCAACCAUCCUCAGCGACGAAAUGCGGCCCUUGUUGCCGGGGAAGACUAUCCUACAGAUGGGAACUAUUGGUCCCGCUGAGUCCCGCGGCCUGGCCUCCGACAUCUCCUCCGCGGGCGGUCGCUACGUGGAGGCGCCCGUGCUGGGCAGCCAGCCGGAGGCGGAGCGGGGCGCGCUGCUCAUCAUGGUGGGCGCGGAGGCCGACCCGCGGGUCAGCCCCGGCGACCCCGUGUGGCCGCUGCUGCUGGCGCUGGGCCGGGAGCCCGACAUCCACUUCAUGGGUCCGGUGGGGGCCGCCGCGGCGGUCAAGCUGGCACUCAACCAGCUCAUAGCCUCGCUCACGGUGGGUUUCUCCUGCUCGCUGGGUCUGGUUCAGCGCUCCGGCGCCCCGGUGGACCGCUUCAUGUCGCUUCUGCGGGCCUCCGCGCUGUACGCGCCCACGUACGACAAGAAGCUGGGCAAGAUGCUGGACAGGGACUACGGGGCAGCAAACUUCCCGACAAAGCACCUGCUAAAAGACGUGAAGCUCUUUGAGAGCGAGGCGGCGGCUGUUGGCCUGGACACACGGCUGCUGGCGGCGCUGCGGGGCAUUGUGCAGGACACCGUUGAUCGGGGUUUGGCUAACACCGAUUACUCGGCGGUAUAUGAUGCGGUCGUGUACCCGGAUGCAGACCCAGCAACAGCAGCUGCAGCGGCUGCGGAUCCAGCUGUGGAGCCGAGCAAGCAGCGCGCAUAAGCAGCUGCAGGCAGCAGGAGUGAGCAGUAACAAGCAGCAGUAGACAGCAGGUAGCUGAAGAUGAUAUCCUACCAACCUAACCGUUCCAGUAGAGCUCUUUUUAAUGUUCGGAGAGCUGGCGCAUCCAUUGAAAACCCCCGGCCACUGAGAAGUGGUACUGGCCUGAAGUCUGGUAUCAUGCAUGGACUGUUGCACGGCCCGGGCUCAUGGGAAUUUUGGACGAGCGGUAUCCAAUGCGCCUAGUGCAUUACAUCUUGUGCUUAGCGCAUUGAGGGGCAUGAUAGAGUGAGUGUGUAGAGGGGUGAGGUGUAGAGGGGCGCGAGUGCGUAGCUGGCUUAAGCGAAAAGGAAAGAAAAGGAGGCAAAUUGUUAUACGACGGAGUACUGUGCUGUUGGUACGGCUUUUUUGUAGCCGGAGUUGCUGCCGUACUGGCAUGCUAUGUGUCUCGUUCAAGGAAGAUAUUAUACCGUGAGAGGAGAGAGAGUGCGUGUAGUUGAAUAGGACAAGAGCAAGCAGUUGGGAUAGGAGAGAGAGUGCGUGUGUGGAAGAUGGGCGGGAAUUGUGCUUGGACUAUUGGCAAGUGCAGUAUGAGUACAGAGGGUGGUACGUUUUAAAGUAAGGGCUAUAGCCUUUACGGUAGUCAUUGAUGAUUACAGGCUGUAGCACUUUGCCGA